AUGACGACAGCCGACGACCACCGGGAAGAAGACGGCGGCACCGACCAGCACUACACAAGUUGGCAGAAUAAGGAGCAGCAGAUCGCCGAGCAGACCUUCUUCGUCAACGACGCGAUGAUGACGGAUACGAUGAACGUAAUGAUGGCUACGAAGGACGAGUUGCUGGCCCAUCAUCAUAGCGCUCUGGAGGCCCCCCAAGGACACGCUCGGGAUAUCCCGGGGCCUCCAAUGGAUCAAAAGGGGGCUCCAAGCGAGAUAACCUUCGACCAGUUCAAGAGCGACCCGAAUCAGAGCGAGAUAAGUUUCGACCAGUCUGAGAGCGACCCGAAGCAGCGCGAGAUCAACUUCAGCACCUACGAGAAGGAUCCGAGCCACUCCGAGCUAAACUUCAGGAUGCUUCAGGAGAGCCCGAACGGAAAGCAGAUCAAGACCAAUGUCGGGGAAACGACCGGAAACCAGAUCAGCAGCAGCAAGCAAGGCGAACAACACGAGUACGAUUCGAAACAAGAGAAAGUUUGGGCCAAUAUAAGAUUCCCCGCACGCAGCCAAGAUCGGUUCAAGCAGUCUCAGGAGACCAGCAUUUUGUUCCAUAUCCGGGUGCCUCUCAGCGCGCUGGCAUGGGUUCACAGCUGUGGCGUUCUCAAUGUGGAUACCAAGAAGCACUACAACACGGCAGCGCUGGUGCGUUGGAAGCAGGUGUUCAAGUUAGUGUUCACGGUGAUCGCAAUGACCAGGCACCCGGCAGUGGCGAUCUGGAGGCAUGGCACGGAGGAGAUCCUGGAGAGUCGCCAGCACCGCGUGGAGCUGCAGGAAGAGAUGCAGAGCCACGGGUUGGAGUGCCAAGGUAUGGGCUGCCGGGAGAUGCGAGUGCUUCCCAACGAGCAGCGGACCAAGAACGGACAAGACCGACGGGGAGCUCGAGCACCAGAUCCGGAGCAUCGAGGCUUAGCCAAGAAAAGCAAGGCGGAUCUCAUCCAGCUGGCCAAGAAGCGCAACAUCAAGGUAUCCGGGAGUAUGAUCAAGGACAACAUCGCGCGCUUGCUGCUGGGACAGAUUCCGAAGGCUGUCAAGAGGGAGGAGAUCAAGGGCGAGGCGCCGCCGUAUACGACCUCGAAGGAUGCUUCUGCGACCAGUAUCCUACCCGAGCUCCGGAAGGGGCAUCUCGCAACGCCAGCGAGAUCACUUCCCUCGGAAGGUGCGAAGGCAGCCAGGGUGAAGCGUGAGAUGGGGCCUGGACAGAUCAAGCGCUACAUGGACAUGAUCAAGAAGGCUGUCGGGUUCCUCGCGUGGCAGGCCAUGUUCGUCGGCACGUUUCUGGUGAGGCCGCUAUUCUUAGAAGGCAAUGCUCUCGUCCAGGACCUCUGUGACGCGUGCAACGUCAAGACCGACUUAAGCUACGACCUCAUGCAGAUCUUCGCGGGAGAAGCUGUUAUACCCGAGGAGUUCUGCAGGAGGGGGAUCAGGGUAUACGAGCCGGAGCUCGCGAAGGCAGUUCUGCAGGCUUACCAGCACAACAACCACAACUACACGUCGACGUACGGCGUCUACGCGACAGGAGACCUCAUGGACCUGAUGGGCGGAGAAUCCGACGAGUUGUUCUAUUGCGAGAACGCGGGCGAUUUCACGGAGCUGCCGGCGCAGUUACCAGACGGGCCUGAUUGGAGUCGAGUUGGACGACGAAGGGUCGUAGACCUCGAGUCCGGCAUGGCAUUGCAGGACUUCGAGAAGGCCGACAUCAUCCCAGAUUUGACCAAGCCGAAGUUGAACCGCGCCGCCAAGCUGAAGAUUCAGAUGCGGUACACACCCGAGCCUGUCGCGGACGACAUUGGAGCUAAC